AUGUUUACAUUCACUCCUCUCCUCGGCGCGCAAUCGUCAUCCUCGAGGGCGUCGCAAUCUAUUCUGGAGCUUGAUGGAGGCAUCAAGAUUCUCGUAGACGUUGGUUGGGAUGAUGGUUUCGAUACCCUUGAUUUGGCGGAACUCGAGAAACAUAUCCCUACUCUCUCUCUCAUUCUAUUGACCCAUGCUACGCCGGCGCACAUUGGUGCCCUGGUUCAUUGCUGCAGAACCUUCCCUCUGUUCACACAAAUUCCAAUUUACGCCACAAGUCCUGUCAUCGCCUUUGGUCGCACGCUCCUACAAGACCUCUACGCCUCAGCACCGCUUGCUGCCACAUUCCUACCAAAAACCUCUGUCUCAGAGCCGGGCGCAGCUUCAACGUUGGCAGGUGUUUCAAGCGACCGCGAUACCGAAACUGCUGGCAGCACAAGCCGAAUUCUCCUUCAAUCACCGACUGCGGAAGAGAUUUCUCGAUAUUUCUCCCUCAUUCAACCCCUCAAAUAUUCACAACCUCAUCAACCGCUCCCUUCACCGUUCUCGCCGCCGUUGAACGGGCUCACACUCACAGCCUACAAUGCGGGCCACACCGUCGGUGGAACAAUAUGGCACAUCCAGCAUGGGCUGGAGUCCAUUGUAUAUGCCAUGGAUUGGAACCAGGCUCGCGAGAGUGUUGUUGCAGGUGCUGCUUGGUUUGGUGGCUCAGGUGCUAGCGGAGCAGAGGUUAUUGAACAACUAAGAAAACCCACGGCUUUGAUCUGCAGUACUCAGGGAGGCGAUAAGCUGGCACUUUCCGGAGGGCGGAAAAAGCGGGAUGAUCUUCUUCUUGAUAUGAUCCGUAGUAGUCUCGCGAAGGGGGGCACCGUUCUCAUCCCGACUGAUACAAGUGCGCGAGUUCUGGAGCUGGCCUAUUCCUUGGAACACUCCUGGCGCGAUGCUUCAGCUGGUAACAAAGAGGAUGUUCUCCAAGGAGCAGGGUUAUAUCUGGCUGGCAAGAAGGUCACCACCACAAUGCGGCUUGCCCGAAGUAUGCUCGAGUGGAUGGAUGAGAACAUCGUUCGCGAGUUUGAAGCCGCGGAAAGCACAGAUGCGCCGAAUGGGCAGAAGCCAGGUGCACAAGAUAAGGGCUCUAACAAGGGCGCAGGGCCGUUCCACUUCAAGCAUCUCAAGAUCAUUGAGCGAAAGAAGCGACUCGAAAAACUUCUGGCAGACCAAGGUCCUAAAGUUAUUCUUGCAUCCGAUACAUCCCUUGACUGGGGCUUCUCAAAGGAGUCCCUUCGACAAUUGGCCGAAGGACCCAACAAUUUGUUGCUGUUGACUGAGUCCUUCCGUAAGGAAAAGACAACUAGAUCAACAGAUGAUCCUCGGAGUUCGAUGAAACUCGGAAGAACAAUAUGGGAGUGGUAUGAGGAACGACGCGAUGGUGUGGCCAUGGAGAAGGGACCAGAUGGUGAAUUGUUGGAACAAGUCCACAGCGGUGGACGAGAAUUGGCUUGGACAGACGUGCAACGAGCUCCUCUCGACGCUGGAGAGCAGCUACUAUACCAGCAAUAUCUUGCCACUAAGCGCCAGCUGCAGGAUACAUCACAAACUCGGGGCCAGGAGCCUAUUGAAAACGUUGCAGAUGCUCUGGAUGACGGAUCGAGUUCAACAUCUUCCGAAGACUCGGACCCUGAACAGCAAGGUCGAGCAUUAAACUUUUCAGCAUCGCUUGCCCACGCCAGUCGCAGCAAACUUGCCGUCAGUGAUGAGGAUCUUGGUGUCAAUAUUUUGCUUCGCCGAAAGAAUGUCUACGAUUACGACGUGCGUGGUAAAAAGGGUCGCGAGCGCAUGUUCCCCUUCGUGGCUCCAAGAAAGAAGGGUGACGAAUAUGGAGAAUUCAUUCGCCCGGAGGAAUACCUACGAGCCGAGGAACGCGAAGAGAUUGACAUGCAGCAACGACGGUCCGAUGCGGAGACUAAGCUCGGCCAAAAGCGACGGUGGGAUGAUACCGUGGGACCCAAUGGGCGAAAGCUGUCCGGCGGUGCAGCAGGGCGAAAGCGUCUGCACAUGGAUGGACGGAAGGUCGAUGAUGAUGAUCUCAGUCUUGCCACUGAUGGCGAAGAUGCCGAUGAAGCUGUGGAGUCUGAGGAUGAAGCCGACGGACAGACAUUCGAAGGACCUGCCAAGGCCAUUUUUCACCCGCAGAGCGUAACACUUAACGCUAGGAUUGCAUUCAUCGAUUUCAUGGGCUUACACGACAAGCGUAGUCUGGAAAUGUUGAUCCCCCUCAUUCAACCACAGAAGUUGAUCUUGGUCGGUGGAAUGAAGGAAGAAACCGAUGCCUUGGCCUCUGAAUGCAAGAAGCUACUGGCUGCUAAACCUGGUGCUAAUGCCACCGAUUCUCACUUCGAUUCUGCUUCUAUCAUUUUCACGCCUAUCAACGGUCAAAUUAUCGAUGCCAGUGUCGAUACAAAUGCCUGGAUGGUCAAAUUGAGCAACACACUCGUCAGACGACUUAAUUGGCAGCACGUCCGCAGUCUAGGCGUGGUCGCUCUCACAGCCCAACUGCGAGGUCCAGAACCUACUAUCGAGGAUAGCGAAACCGAAACAGCUAGCAAGAAGAUGAAGCAGAUAAAGGACGAAGCAGCAUCCUCAGCUGUUACCCCAGCCUUGGAGCAAGACAGCAAAUCAACCGAAAAGCCAGAAACUUACCCCCUUCUCGAUAUUCUCCCUGCAAACAUGGCCGCAGGAACCAGAUCCAUGGCACGCCCUCUACAUGUCGGCGACUUGCGCUUGGCUGAUCUGCGCAAGCUGAUGCAAGCCGCUGGCCACACAGCCGAGUUCCGUGGCGAGGGAACGCUCUUGAUCGACAAGUGCGUGGCUGUCCGCAAAUCUGGCACUGGAAAGAUUGAGAUCGAAGCAACUGCGCAGUCUUCGAUCGGCCAUUCUGCUUUGGGUCGUGGAACAGGCAGCUUCCUUGCUGUCAAGAAGAAGAUUUAUGAGGGGUUGGCUGUUGUUGCGGGCAACUGA